AUGGAGGAGGAGCUGCGGGAAAUGCAAGAUUUAGUGGCUCAAUUACGGGCAGAUAAUGAGAGGCUGCGGCAGGAGCAAGUUUCGGUUGACUCCCGUGACCCUGGCGCUGCCUCUACUAGUGCGACACAACCGGUUACACCUCAGUUGGCUGAUAGGAGUGACGGCGCAUCGGAACGAUUCGUGUUCGUCCCAAGAGAACGACGCUGUCCAAGAUUUAAUGGUAGGACUAGUGUUAACCUCGAUGAGUGGGUCGAAGAGGCCCAAGCGUGUAUGCGCACACGUAAUAUGUCACGUACCGAACGGGCCUUCUUCCUAUAUGAUAAUCUGGAAGGAGAAGCCCGUGACGAAAUUAAGUAUCGUUCGCUUGCGGACAGGAGUGAUCCUGACAAGAUAAUUUCUGCUCUUCGCGAAGUGUAUGGGUGUGCGGAUUCAUACGUUGCGCUGCUGGAGGCAUUCUUUUCUCGCAGACAACGUGAGGGAGAAACAUUACUAGAGUUCUCCCUGGGCCUGAUGAGCUUGUUGGAUAAAGUGAAAAGUCAAGCUCCACAUGCCAUUCCCAAUGCUGAUAUCGUCGUACGUGAUCAAUUUGUCGAAUAUGUGUCUGAUAAUACACUCCGUCGGGAACUGAAACAAAUGGUUCGACGACAGCCCACUGCAACGUUAUUGGAGAUGCGAGCGGAGGCCAUUCGCUGGGAAAGGGAGGGGACGCCGGGUGGUUCGAGGGGUAGGAGUCAAUCGGUACCGUUGGUAAGUGGCAUUCAAUAUGGUGUUCGGGGAGGGUCCGAUUUGGAUCAUGGGGUUCGGUCGGGUGAGUUUGCCGAACUGCGGGAGUUGCUGCGUCAGCAGCAACGUCAGAUUGAUCAGCUCACUCAAGUUGUGUCCCGUAAUCAAAAUGUGCCCUUACGCGAUCGCUCGCCUCGUUCAAAUACCAUAAUUUGUAGGAGAUGCCAACGACCCGUCAUAUUGCCCGAAAUUGUGAUGGUGAACGACAUCUCCCUCGCCCUCUGCCACCAGCGUUUGCUUCCGAUCCUGGUGGAUGUAGGCCGGCGUCCAGCACUCAACCGCCGGAAAACUAAUUCCCACCGGGCUGCGAAGCCACAGUCCGUUGUUAAGAUGGGGGGGAUUCCUGUGCCUUGUCUGAUCGAUACUGGGUCCAUGGUGUCAACCAUUACCGAGAGUUGUUUUCGGCUUAGGUUUGAACCAUGGGGCCAGGAUCGUUUACAGUCGUGCCAUUGGCUGCAGCUCAAAGCGGCGAAUGGACUGGAGAUUCCCUAUAUUGGCUACUGGGAGGUGGAUAUUGAACUCUGCGGUAAUCUUGUCCAGGGAUGUGGCGUACUAGUGGUCCGAGAUCCCCCCGGGGGUAGCUCCGAUACCCCGGGUAUUCUAGGAAUGAAUGUGCUCAGUCGUUGUUACCAGGGCCUUUUCGGACACCAUGGGUCGAUGUUAUAUACCCUCCCGUCAGUAAAAAAGGAUGCUAAGAUUAUCCAGGCCUUCCAAGAAUGCCAACGGGUCAUUCGCACUGCUGAACAGGGCAGUAAGGUGAGAGUACGAGGAUGUAGUACAUGCCGUGUUACAGCUGGCACUAUCAAAUUUGUAGCAGCUACGUGUUCUACCCAGUAUACGGGUGGUAUACUGGGUAGAACUUUUACAGUACUUUUUGAGCCCCCAGAGAUAGGCUUGCCUGCAGGUUUAUUGGCCUUUUCUUCACUGGUGCGAGUAACUGGGGGUACCGUUUAUGUACCGGUGGUGAAUGUGGGGACUGUUGAUGUAGUGCUUUACCCCACUACGAUAGUAGGUACACUGCGAGAGGUGUAUUUGGUGGACCUACCCGACGGGUUAACGGAGGUUCCUAUAGCGAGCACCCAGGCAGCAUCGUGCAGUGUCUCAGCCACAGGUAUACCAGAACAGAUUGGAUCUGUUGAGUUGGGUGCAUUAACUGCAGAGGAACGAGAGCAGGUCAGAGCGUUACUCCGGGAGUUUAAAGAUGUGUUUUCUACCCAUGAAGGAGAUGUAGGUUGCACUAAUCUCUUGUCACAUGAGAUCCCUCUUAGCGAUGAUAUUCCGGUCCGACAGCGGUACAGGCGUAUUCCACCAUCAGAAUAUGACCUGGUAAAAACUCAUAUUAGUCAGUUGCUCGACGCACAGAUUAUUCGGGAGAGUUGCAGCCCCUACGCCUCUCCCAUAGUACUAGUGAGGAAAAAGGACGGCAGCCUCCGUAUGUGUGUUGACUACCGCCAACUUAAUGCCAAGACCCGCAAAGAUGCUUUCCCGUUACCGCGAAUCGAAGAAACGUUGGACUCCUUAGCCGGUGCCCGUUGGUUUUCCACGUUAGACCUGACCAGCGGUUACAACCAGGUUCCAGUGUCCGAGGUUGACCGUCCUAAGACUGCCUUUUGUACGCCAUUCGGGCUCUUUGAAUGGAAUCGAAUGCCGUUUGGCCUAUGCAAUGCGCCCAGUACGUUCCAGCGCUUGAUGGAACGACUUUUUGGGGACCAAAGACAUCAGUCGGUUUUGUUAUAUCUCGACGACAUUAUCGUAUUCUCAUCAUCCGUGCAGCAACAUCUGCAGCGACUCAGGGUAGUGUUGGGUCGGUUAAAAGCAGAGGGACUUAAGGUAAAGUUGGAGAAAUGUGCGUUCUUUCAAGAGGAAGUGAGUUACUUAGGUCAUGUGAUUUCUUCUCAUGGGGUGGCAACGGACCCAAAGAAGAUUGAAGCUGUAGCCCAGUGGCCUCAUCCUACGACCGUGUUAGAGCUACGAACGUUUUUGGGUUUUGUCAGCUAUUACAGGCGUUUCGUAGAGGGGUUUGCCAAGUUGGCAGCCCCGUUACACAAAGUGGUGGCUAUGUUAACGGGAGGUAAGUCCAGUAAGCGAGGUCAGGAAAUAACUACAGCGUGGUCAGAGCAGUGCGAGGAAGCGUUCCAAGCAUUGAAACAGGUUCUCACUACAGCGCCAGUGUUGGCUUAUGCGGAUUUUACCCGGCCCUUUAUCUUGGAGGUCGAUGCCAGUCACGUGGGACUGGGAGCAGUACUCUCACAGGAAUUUGAUGGUAAAGUUAGACCCGUCGCUUAUGCGAGCCGAAGCCUCAGGCCAGCUGAGCGUAAUUCCGCUACUUACAGUUCCAUGCGUUUGGAGUUUCUGGCCCUUAAGUGGGCUAUGGGUGAGAAAUUCAGGGAGUAUUUGCUCGGCCAUAAGUGCCUGGUACGUACUGAUAACAACCCGCUUAGUCACCUGGCGACAGCUAAGCUUGGGGCCACCGAGCAAAGGUGGGCCGCUGAGUUAGCAGCAUUCGAUUUUCAGAUUCACUACCGCUCAGGUAAGACCAACCAGAAUGCCGAUGCUCUUUCUCGGUUACGUGGGGUUGGAUCGGAAGGAAACGGUGGCUGCUCAUUGGGGUCUGACGUUCCAGAGCUGUUAAGGCGAGUGGCGGUCUUAGAGUCAGGAGGGGCCGCAACCCAGGGGGCUAUACAGGCGUGGCCUAGCCGUUCCCUAUCCGAUCUUAUUGCUCUGCAAGUGGCAGACCCAGUUAUAGGAGAAGUGAGGAGGUUCUGGCAGCGAGGGCAAUGUCCAGAGCCUAGAGAGUGGCGACAGUUGGCUAAACCUGUAAUGAUGCUGCUUCGACAAUGGGACCGACUGAGUGAGCAGGAGGGUCUAUUACAUCGUAAAAUCUUCCGGCCAGAUGGAGGAGAAGUAAUAUUCCAACUGGUGUUGCCGGUGGCACUGCAAUCAGAAGUGCUGGUUCAGUUGCACCAACACCAUGGUCAUCAGGGGACGGAACGCACCCUCGAGUUGGUGCGGCAGCGGUGCUAUUGGCCCAGUAUGUCGGCCGAUGUAGCUCGUUGGGUGCAAGAGUGUGAGCGGUGUCAACUGGCCAAAGAUGUGGCACCGAUUGCAAGGAGUUACAUGGGACAUCUGUUGGCUUCUCGCCCGAACGAGAUUGUGGCUAUUGAUUUUACCAUCUUAGAGCCGUCUCGUUCAGGACAAGAGAACGUGAUGGUGAUGACUGACGUGUUCAGUAAAUUCACUGUGGCUGUGCCCACUAAGGACCAGCAGGCUGAGACCGUGGCCCGUGUUCUGGUAAAUGAGUGGUUUUUCAGAUUUGGUGUCCCUGGCCGGAUUCAUUCCGACCAGGGCCGCAACUUUGAAUCUCAGUUAAUACAGCAGUUGUGUAGUCUCUAUCAGGUGGGUAAGUCUCGCAGCACUCCCUAUCAUCCGGCCGGCAACGGUCAAUGUGAGAGGUUCAAUCGAACAUUACACAACUUGCUGCGAACUUUGUCCCCUGAGAGAAAGAGAGAUUGGGCCUCCUGUUUACUGCAAGUUCUGUUUUGUUAUAAUACUACCCCGCAUCAGACCACAGGAGAGUCCCCAUAUUUUCUCAUGUUUGGGCAGGAGCCCAGGUUGCCCAUUGACUUUCUGCUCGGUAGAGUACAAGAGCCAGUUGCAGGUAGAGUGCAUCAGUGGGUUGAGGAGCACCAGGCACGGUUAAGGGUUGCUUUUGAGGGUGCACGAGAUAGGCUGCAGGUGGCCGCAAACCGGCGUAAGGUUAAACAUGAUCGACGGGUCAAGGAACUGCCGUUGUAUGAAGGUCAGUUGGUUUACCUGCGUGAUCACGGGGUCCGGGGUCGUCAUAAGAUACAUGAUCUGUGGAGUUCAACUUUAUAUCGGUUUGUUAAGGCCCCACCGGUGGGUGGAUCUGUGUAUACGAUAGCUCCAGAGCAGGAUCGGGAGAAGGUACGGCACGUCCAUCGUUCUUCGUUGAAACCCAGAGCCCAGGGAGAGGUGGCACUCGACCUCCCUGAGGUUCGGGUUGAAUCGCCAGUUGCGGUUGCAAUUGAGGCGGAGGAACCAAUAGAAGGUGACCUGGUUUAUGUGGUAUCAAGAGUUCCCACAGUAGAUCAGAGGGUUACUUUGAGUAGGUCUCCUUUGAGGCAGGUCGAUGUUCCCGUUUCCAGUACAGUUGAUUCCGCAGAGGUUGAGGUUAGUGAUGGUGGCACGAGUCCUUUACCGGUACCUGGACCUACCGAAGGUGGUCCAGAUGUCCAGCCUGAGGUAACCCUGCGUAGAACAAGACGAAUUGGGGCAGGACAACAUUCUAAUGUGCACCACUUGCCACAAGCGGUAGGAGGGGAGGGGGGUCGGGGACCCAGACCCGUGUGUGUGGACGAGCCUUCCUCUCUGUUUGGUGGUGGGUUCCUCUUCCGUGUGCGGUGGUUCACAUUUGAGGUGCAGUUUGUUAAGAUGGGGGGGAUUCCUGUGCCUUGUCUGAUCGAUACUGGGUCCAUGGUGUCAACCAUUACCGAGAGUUGUUUUCGGCUUAGGUUUGAACCAUGGGGCCAGGAUCGUUUACAGUCGUGCCAUUGGCUGCAGCUCAAAGCGGCGAAUGGACUGGAGAUUCCCUAUAUUGGCUACUGGGAGGUGGAUAUUGAACUCUGCGGUAAUCUUGUCCAGGGAUGUGGCGUACUAGUGGUCCGAGAUCCCCCCGGGGGUAGCUCCGAUACCCCGGGUAUUCUAGGAAUGAAUGUGCUCAGUCGUUGUUACCAGGGCCUUUUCGGACACCAUGGGUCGAUGUUAUAUACCCUCCCGUCAGUAAAAAAGGAUGCUAAGAUUAUCCAGGCCUUCCAAGAAUGCCAACGGGUCAUUCGCACUGCUGAACAGGGCAGUAAGGUGAGAGUACGAGGAUGUAGUACAUGCCGUGUUACAGCUGGCACUAUCAAAUUUGUAGCAGCUACGUGUUCUACCCAGUAUACGGGUGGUAUACUGGGUAGAACUUUUACAGUACUUUUUGAGCCCCCAGAGAUAGGCUUGCCUGCAGGUUUAUUGGCCUUUUCUUCACUGGUGCGAGUAACUGGGGGUACCGUUUAUGUACCGGUGGUGAAUGUGGGGACUGUUGAUGUAGUGCUUUACCCCACUACGAUAGUAGGUACACUGCGAGAGGUGUAUUUGGUGGACCUACCCGACGGGUUAACGGAGGUUCCUAUAGCGAGCACCCAGGCAGCAUCGUGCAGUGUCUCAGCCACAGGUAUACCAGAACAGAUUGGAUCUGUUGAGUUGGGUGCAUUAACUGCAGAGGAACGAGAGCAGGUCAGAGCGUUACUCCGGGAGUUUAAAGAUGUGUUUUCUACCCAUGAAGGAGAUGUAGGUUGCACUAAUCUCUUGUCACAUGAGAUCCCUCUUAGCGAUGAUAUUCCGGUCCGACAGCGGUACAGGCGUAUUCCACCAUCAGAAUAUGACCUGGUAAAAACUCAUAUUAGUCAGUUGCUCGACGCACAGAUUAUUCGGGAGAGUUGCAGCCCCUACGCCUCUCCCAUAGUACUAGUGAGGAAAAAGGACGGCAGCCUCCGUAUGUAUGCUUUCCCGUUACCGCGAAUCGAAGAAACGUUGGACUCCUUAGCCGGUGCCCGUUGGUUUUCCACGUUAGACCUGACCAGCGGUUACAACCAGGUUCCAGUGUCCGAGGUUGACCGUCCUAAGACUGCCUUUUGUACGCCAUUCGGGCUCUUUGAAUGGAAUCGAAUGCCGUUUGGCCUAUGCAAUGCGCCCAGUACGUUCCAGCGCUUGAUGGAACGACUUUUUGGGGACCAAAGACAUCAGUCGGUUUUGUUAUAUCUCGACGACAUUAUCGUAUUCUCAUCAUCCGUGCAGCAACAUCUGCAGCGACUCAGGGUAGUGUUGGGUCGGUUAAAAGCAGAGGGACUUAAGGUAAAGUUGGAGAAAUGUGCGUUCUUUCAAGAGGAAGUGAGUUACUUAGGUCAUGUGAUUUCUUCUCAUGGGGUGGCAACGGACCCAAAGAAGAUUGAAGCUGUAGCCCAGUGGCCUCAUCCUACGACCGUGUUAGAGCUACGAACGUUUUUGGGUUUUGUCAGCUAUUACAGGCGUUUCGUAGAGGGGUUUGCCAAGUUGGCAGCCCCGUUACACAAAGUGGUGGCUAUGUUAACGGGAGGUAAGUCCAGUAAGCGAGGUCAGGAAAUAACUACAGCGUGGUCAGAGCAGUGCGAGGAAGCGUUCCAAGCAUUGAAACAGGUUCUCACUACAGCGCCAGUGUUGGCUUAUGCGGAUUUUACCCGGCCCUUUAUCUUGGAGGUCGAUGCCAGUCACGUGGGACUGGGAGCAGUACUCUCACAGGAAUUUGAUGGUAAAGUUAGACCCGUCGCUUAUGCGAGCCGAAGCCUCAGGCCAGCUGAGCGUAAUUCCGCUACUUACAGUUCCAUGCGUUUGGAGUUUCUGGCCCUUAAGUGGGCUAUGGGUGAGAAAUUCAGGGAGUAUUUGCUCGGCCAUAAGUGCCUGGUACGUACUGAUAACAACCCGCUUAGUCACCUGGCGACAGCUAAGCUUGGGGCCACCGAGCAAAGGUGGGCCGCUGAGUUAGGCCGCAACUUUGAAUCUCAGUUAAUACAGCAGUUGUGUAGUCUCUAUCAGGUGGGUAAGUCUCGCAGCACUCCCUAUCAUCCGGCCGGCAACGGUCAAUGUGAGAGGUUCAAUCGAACAUUACACAACUUGCUGCGAACUUUGUCCCCUGAGAGAAAGAGAGAUUGGGCCUCCUGUUUACUGCAAGUUCUGUUUUGUUAUAAUACUACCCCGCAUCAGACCACAGGAGAGUCCCCAUAUUUUCUCAUGUUUGGGCAGGAGCCCAGGUUGCCCAUUGACUUUCUGCUCGGUAGAGUACAAGAGCCAGUUGCAGGUAGAGUGCAUCAGUGGGUUGAGGAGCACCAGGCACGGUUAAGGGUUGCUUUUGAGGGUGCACGAGAUAGGCUGCAGGUGGCCGCAAACCGGCGUAAGGUUAAACAUGAUCGACGGGUCAAGGAACUGCCGUUGUAUGAAGGUCAGUUGGUUUACCUGCGUGAUCACGGGGUCCGGGGUCGUCAUAAGAUACAUGAUCUGUGGAGUUCAACUUUAUAUCGGUUUGUUAAGGCCCCACCGGUGGGUGGAUCUGUGUAUACGAUAGCUCCAGAGCAGGAUCGGGAGAAGGUACGGCACGUCCAUCGUUCUUCGUUGAAACCCAGAGCCCAGGGAGAGGUGGCACUCGACCUCCCUGAGGUUCGGGUUGAAUCGCCAGUUGCGGUUGCAAUUGAGGCGGAGGAACCAAUAGAAGGUGACCUGGUUUAUGUGGUAUCAAGAGUUCCCACAGUAGAUCAGAGGGUUACUUUGAGUAGGUCUCCUUUGAGGCAGGUCGAUGUUCCCGUUUCCAGUACAGUUGAUUCCGCAGAGGUUGAGGUUAGUGAUGGUGGCACGAGUCCUUUACCGGUACCUGGACCUACCGAAGGUGGUCCAGAUGUCCAGCCUGAGGUAACCCUGCGUAGAACAAGACGAAUUGGGGCAGGACAACAUUCUAAUGUGCACCACUUGCCACAAGCGGUAGGAGGGGAGGGGGGUCGGGGACCCAGACCCGUGUGUGUGGACGAGCCUUCCUCUCUGUUUGGUGGUGGGUUCCUCUUCCGUGUGCGGUGGUUCACAUUUGAGGUGCAGUGUGAGUGCACGUGUGGUUGCCGUGGUUCCUUGAGGAUAAGCGAGUGGUUCUCAGCCCUGGAGCAGGUGUAG